AUGUUGUUUUCUCUGUGUGUGUGUAGUAAUCGUGAGGAUUUGUGCUACUAUUAUUUUUUUGAAUCUCUCUUCUUUAUCUUGUUUUUUUCUUUGAGCUUUAGUUUUUUUUUUCUUAAGAACAAAGUUUCAAUUCAUCUUUCUAUUUCUGGGUAAAGCUUAAAAGCUUUUUUUUUUUUUUUAGAUCCAGGCGAACCCAUGUUCUACUUUGAUUCUUCAUGUCGAAUUUGUUAGGGUUUUCUUGUGCUUGAUUUCGCUGGGUUUUUUUUUCCCCUCUCUUUUUUGUGUGUAUGUGUGUGAAUUUUUGACAUGCCAGUUUGGAUAAUGAUUCGUGAGUUUUUUGAUGAGUGAUCUCUCUCGAAUAGGGUGAAAUUGAGAUAAGGAUUUGUGCCAAAGGAGUAGCUGCUGUUGUUGGGAUUUGGGAUCGAAGAGUGUUAAAAUCGAGUUGGGGGAAAAUACAGAGGAUCCCUCGCAAUAGAUCCGUUCAGAUCUGUUCAUCUCCGCUACUUAAUUCCCCCCUCUGUGUUUCACUAUGCUAACUUAGUGUAUGAACAAAGCGGCAUUGGAGUCGCUUAUUAUAACUUUGAUGGAGCAACAAGGAUUCUUCAAGAUCAUGAAACCGUUGCUCAGAGGAAUCGAAGAAGAUGAAUUCAAUUAGUUUCUCCUAAUUAUAAUACUUUCAUCUUUCAAGUAUUACAAAGAAAUCGGUAACUGUGUGGUGUUGUGGGGGAAUCUCUGAUUUUGGGAGCUCAUGGAAGACAUGACUCCGGCGGUUGCAAUGACUCUUAGCUUAGCUAAUACCAUGUGUGAUUCAUCAUCACCUGUGGAGAUCGCUCAGCUCAAGAAUGUUACUGAUGCUGUUGAUUUGUUAUCUGAUUCUGACAAUCAAACCUUUUGCAACGGAGUAGCUCAGGGAGGUGAACUGGAUUUGAUGAAAACUUUAUCCGAAACGAAGAGCGGGUCUUCUACUAAUGUUUUUGAUGAAGACGAUGUACUGUCUGUUGUGGAGGAUGAUAGUGCAGUCAUAAGUGAGGGCUUGUUAGUUGUUGAUGCAGGCUCUGAAUUAAGCUUGUCUGAUUCUGCAAUGGAAAUAGAUAACGGCCGAGUUCUUGCUACUGCCAUUAUCGUUGGCGAGUCAAGCAUCGAGCAGGUUCCCACUGCUGAAGUUCUUAUUGCGGGUCUGAAUAAAGAUACAAAUAUAGAAGAUGGUUCUGGUGUCACGGCUUCAGAGGUUGUCAUUCGGUUGCCAGAAGAAAAUAGUAGUCAACUGGUCAAAGGUAGAAGUGUUUAUGAGCUAGAAUGUAUACCACUGUGGGGAACGGUUUCCAUUCAAGGUAAUAGAUCUGAGAUGGAGGAUGCUAUUGCCGUGUUACCUUAUUUUCUGAAAUUGCCUAUCAAAAUGCUUAUGGGGGAUCAUGAGGGUAUGUGUCCAAGCCUCACACACCUCACCGGUCAUUUUUUCGGUGUUUAUGAUGGUCACGGAGGCCAUAAGGUUGCUGACUAUUGCCGAGAUAGACUCCAUUUUGCUUUGGCUGAAGAAAUCGAACGCAUAAAAGAUGAAUUAUGCAAGAGGAACACAGGAGAGGGUAGGCAGGUCCAGUGGGAGAAAGUUUUCAAUAGUUGUUUUCUAACCGUUGAUGGUGAGAUUGGAGGACAAAUAGGCAGACCUGCUGCUGGUUCUUCUGAUAAGAUUCUUGAGGCUGUUGCCUCUGAGACCGUAGGAUCAACUGCUGUAGUUGCUUUGGUUUGCUCAUCGCAUAUAGUAGUCUCUAACUGCGGGGAUUCAAGGGCGGUUCUAUUCCGUGGCAAAGAAGCCAUGCCCUUAUCAGUCGAUCACAAACCAGAUAGAGAGGAUGAAUAUGCAAGAAUAGAAAAUGCUGGAGGUAAAGUUAUACAAUGGCAAGGCGCACGUGUUUUUGGUGUUCUUGCCAUGUCUAGAUCCAUUGGUGACAGAUAUCUGAAGCCAUAUGUGAUCCCAGAACCGGAAGUUACAUUCAUGCCACGGUCAAGAGAAGAUGAGUGUCUCAUACUAGCUAGUGACGGUCUUUGGGAUGUAAUGAGCAACCAAGAAGCUUGUGAAAUGGCAAGGAGACGGAUAUUGAUGUGGCACAAGAAGAACGGUGCACCGCCUCUAGCAGAGAGAGGCAAAGGAACAGACCCAGCUUGCCAAGCCGCGGCUGAUUACCUCUCGAUGCUUGCCCUUCAAAAAGGAAGUAAAGACAAUAUCUCCAUCAUUGUGAUUGAUUUGAAAGCUCAAAGAAAGUUCAAGACCAGAACUUGAAGCUAAAUUACAAACAGCACGCUUACUUACUUUUUUUACUGGGGAGGGGAGAAGUAAAGACUGAAGGAUUAAGAAGAUGAUGCAUAGCUAAUUAUAUAAGUACUUUCUCAUGGGAACUUGGGAUUCGUAUGUAUAAGAAGAAGAAGAAGAAGAAGAAAUAGGCAAAAGAAUAUGCUUUUUUGUUUGGUUUUGGGUAUUAAAGUAGAUGAAUAUGUUGUAAUAGUUUUUGAGAUGUGGCAAAUGAAAUUGUAAUUGAAAUUGAAACUAUUGUCACAUUUAACCUUCUUGCAUUUCUCUUUAUUAUCCUUUCCUCUUGAUUGAUUACGUAA